GAGGCUUUAUCAAAACAGAUUGAGAUGGUGAAGAACUGUCUGACUACACAUCACAAACUAAUGUCAGACUUCAAACACUUACUAAAAGCUUUAGCCCGUGAUGAACUUGAAGAUGAGGAGGAUGAAGGAAGAGUGAAACUCUUUAUGGCAGAAUACAAAAGCUUUUCAGAAGCAUUUGCUACCAUGAUUAAAAUUCUCAUGGUCGGUACAAGUGAAGACAAACUUGACAAGGUGAACCAAUUAGCCAAACUUUUGAUCAACAUUCAAAAUCUAACAGUAGAAACUAGAAGGUUGUAUGAUGAUCUUGUAAGUCUGGCUGCACCCUUAACUAUUCCUAAAGGGUUAGAUGAGCCUACUAGUGACAAAACACCACCUAGUUUUGCUUCAGCUCUGAGAAAUCAAGUGAGAGAAAAUGAGCAACAAGAAUCUGAUAGAGAACAAGCUCAAGAAGAUGAGGCAACAAAGGAUAAAGUUGGGAGAAGUACAGUUAAAGUGAAGGAUAGAACUGAAGAAAAGGAAGUUGACAAAGUGUGUGGUCUGGAGGGUACAGGCGCUAGCCCUGCCACAUCACCACCUGCCAUCAAGCAAGUCCAAGCUCCAAGACUACCUACAACUGUGAUGCGUGAUCCACGCACUGGAAAAAUGUUACAAGUACGCAACACACAUGCUAUUAAUGUUUGGAGAAGAGUUAAAGGCAAAUUAGAUGGUAGAGACCCAGACCCCACAAGACGGUGCACUGUUCAAGAACAAGUGGAUUAUGUAAUAGCAGAAGCUACCAGCGUGGAAAACCUGGCAACAUUGUAUGAAGGUUGGACUGCCUGGGUGUGAAGUAGUAGAAACAUGUAGGCUGGUUAUACAACCUGAUUUAGCAUACAUACAGACCAGACAGUCUGAGAGGCGGUGCAAGUCAACCUUGCGUACAAGGUUCUCAGCCUCCACCAGUCCCCCUUGUCCCUCUUACUGACCUUUCUCUUGGAAGAAUACAUGGUGUGCAACAAACUACUCGGCACUGUCCCUGAACGAUCAUUUUGAUGCCUUGUUGAGAAAGGUCACAGGGACUUCAGGAAAGGUUACAGGGACUUUAGAAAGCAAUGGAAUUUGACCAUCAUACUCCAUGCUUUUAACAAAGAAUGAUGGUAUUGCAAUGAGCAAUCGAAGAGGCUUCUAUUGUAGCGGAAAUGGUGAAUGGAUGGAAAGCUAGGAUCUGCAACCUGUGCUAACAAUAGAUCAUAGCACAAGAGAACUUUAAUGAUUCUCAUUAAGAUGUGAAAAGCAGAAUUAUAUAGUAACCAGAGUGAGAAGUAGAACAGAAAUGUUGGUUUGAAUUUUUUUUAAGUAAGACUAAUUUCAAAAUCCAGAUGUUUCAUGGGUAAAAGAAAUUAAUUUAGUAUUUGUAUGGUGUGUAUAAUAAAGUUAAUGUAUGCUCUUUUUCAGAAUGAUUGGUUUAUUAGAAAUAAAAGCAAAUAGUUGUUAUUUAUUAUGUUGCUAUUUUUAACUAGCAUGUUUUAUUUUGACCAACUUACUUCAAUAGCUAAUUAGAUCUUAAUGUUUUUAUCAACAGAACUUUAGGUAUAUUUACAGGAAAAAGUAUUUUUAAUCACAAUAGUGGGUACUGAAACUGCUUGAAAAGUAUUGCGCUAUACAAUUUUAAAAUUAUUAUUACUACAGGAAAUCUGAAUAUUUGUGGGUAGAUUUUACUAAAACUUCUUAAAAUGGUAACAUCAAGUGAAUUGGCAGUGUUAUAUCACAAUUAUAGAAGGGGAUAAUAAACUAUAAUAAUGGUAAGACUGCUAGAAUUGUUACAAAUCACAAUUGUGAUUGGAUGGAAUUGCUUAAAAUAGUAAGGGGAAAUUUGUUGACUUGUAAUAGCUGUACUGGUUAAUUGUUAUAAAGGACAGAUUUUGACUACUGCAGUUUUACUGUGACCCAUUGAAUAUAGUGAAAUAUUAGUGGCCUAAUGUUGUAACUGUAUUUGUACUGUAGUAUAUCUUCAACAUAUUAAAAUAUAUAGCACAUUAUUGUAUUACCCACAACAUAAAGCAUGAAUUAACUGAAAUGGAGAAAAAUUAGUACUAUUGUGAUAUGAAAAUAUUUUUAGUAAGGUAUUAUAAACAAUUGUAAUCAUUCUGAACAUUUUAUUACAUCAUUGACUGCAUGUAGUAAGGCAUAUUAACAAUUGUUAACAUGUAGUUACAUCAAAAAGUGUUAGUAUUGCAUCAUUGGCUGAAGUGUAGUAAGGCAUGAUAAACACUUGUUAACAUGCAGUGACAUUAAAAAAAGUGUUAGUAUUACAUCAUUGACUGCAUGUAGUAAGGCAUAUUAACACUUGUUAACAUGUAGUGACAUCGUUAGUAUUACAUCAUUGACUGCAGCAUAGUAAGGCAUAUUAACACUUGUUAACAUGUAGUGACAUUGUUAGUAUCACAUCAUUGACUGCAGUGUAGUAAGGCAUGAUAAACACUUGUUAACAUGUAGUUACAUCAAAAAGUGUUAGUAUUGCAUCAUUGGCUGCAGCGUAGUAAGGCAUAUUAACACUUUUUAACAUGUAGUGACAUUGUUAGUAUUGCAUCAUUGGCUGCAGUGUAGUAAGGCAUGAUAAACACUUGUUAACAUGCAGUGACAUUAAAAAAGUGUUAGUAUUACAUCAUUGACUGCAGUGUAGUAAGGCAUAUUAACACUUUUUAACAUGUAGUGACAUUGUUAGUAUUACAUCAUUGACUGCAGUGUAGUAAGGCAUGAUAAACACUUGUUAACAUGCAGUGACAUUAAAAAAGUGUUAGUAUACAUCAUUGACUGCAGCGUAGUAAGGCAUAUUAACACUUUUUAACAUGUAGUGACAUUGUUAGUAUUACAUCAUUGAAUGCAGUGUAGUAAGGCAUGAUAAACACUUGUUAGUUAACGUGUAUGACAUAAUUAAGUGUUAGUAUUACAUAAUUGACAGCAGUGUAGUAAGGCAUGAUAAAAACUUGUUAACAUGUAGUGGCAUAAAAAGUGUUAGUAUUACAUCAUUGACUGCAGUGAACUAAGGCAUGAUAAACACUUGUUAGCAUGUAGUGACAUCACAACAUACAGUAUUAGUAUUACAUAAUUGACUGCAGUGUAGUAAGGCAUAAUAAACACUUGUUAACAUGUAGUGACAUCAAAGAGUGUUUAGUAUUUCAUAAUUGACUGAAGUGUAGUAAGGCAUGAUAAACACUUGUUAACAUGUAGUGACAUCAUAACAUAAUGUAUUAGUAUUACAUAAUUGACUGCAGUGUAGUAAGGCAUGAUAAACACUUGUUAACAUGUAGUGACAUCAAAGAGUGUUUAGUAUUACAUAAUUGACUGAAGUGUAGUAAGGCAUGAUAAACACAUGAUGAAAUCUGUGUCUGUAUCUGUUUGUUACUGUGCAACAAGGCAGCAAGCAAGAUCAUAACAUAGUCUAAAAUCAUUUAAUAUAACAUAAUAAAAUUAAUAAAGCUAUUAUGAAGUUAUUGAAGUAAUAGUAGUACAUCUUUCAUACAUUGUUGUAGUUAAAUAAACACAGUAUAAACAUCAUUGGCAUGUGCUUACUCUCUACCAACUGAAUAUUAGCAUUUACUGUACUAACAAAGCAGAUAAGCUUUUUGAUUAUGUUUGUUCAAAAGGUUUAGAUGCAAAGAGAAAAUUCAGUGUAUUUUAGUGAAGAAUUUCAACAGUAAUUAUCCAGUGUUAAAGGGAUGUUAAUUGAAGUUUAUUUUAAGUUGAUUUAAAGUGAAUUAAUUACAAGUUAUAUUAUAAUUAUAAUGUUGAAUGGUUUUGCGUAACUUGUAAUAUAAUUUACUUAAGACUAUGGUUACAUUAUUUGGAUAAUUUGUUAAAGUUUCAAUCGGCAUAUUUCUGUUUGUGUUUUAAUAACUUCAAUAAAUGUGUUGUUUAAA